UCACCUAUUGAAUAAAAUUACGCCGGUAGUCACUCUCUUUCUUCCGUUUCGGUUUCCUCAGCAAUUUCAUUUCUAGGGUUUUGCACAUCUUCCCUUCUCCUCAACCCAACACCACCACCACCCUUAGCACACUCCCGCCACAACAAUGGCGGCACCAGCUGUCCUAACCUCACGGUCCGCCGCAAAGGUGGAAACCUUCGUCGAUAACAAGCGCACUGAAGAUAUCCGCCAGCAAAACAUGGCGGCAGGCCAAGCCGUCGCAGACGCCGUCCGCACCUCCCUGGGUCCCAAAGGCAUGGACAAGAUGAUCCAAACUGCCUCUGGAGAAGUUAUUAUCACCAACGACGGCGCAACCAUUCUCAACAAAAUGGACGUCCUUCAGCCCGCCGCGAAGUUCCUCGUACAACUAUCCAAAUCUCAAGACACCGUCGCUGGUGACGGCACCACUACCGUCGUCGUCCUCGCUGGGGCACUGCUCAAACAAUGUUCUGUUCUCCUCUCCAAUGGUAUCCACCCUACCGUGAUCUCCGACGCGCUCCACAAAACCUCCACCCACGCUGUUCAUGUUCUCACUUCGAUGGCCGUACCUCUGGAGCUUUCAGAUCGGGAAUCUUUAGUAAAGUCUGCUUCUACUUCGUUGAACAGUAAGGUUGUAAGUCAGUAUUCUAGUCUUUUAGCUCCUCUUGCUGUUGAUGCUGUUUUAUCUGCUGUUGAUCCUGAGAAGCCUGAUGUUGUUGAUUUGAGAGAUAUUAAGAUUGUUAAGAAGCUAGGUGGAACGGUUGAUGAUACCGAGUUAGUUAAAGGGUUGGUGUUUGAUAGGAAGGUUUCACAUUCUGCUGGUGGACCUACAAGGAUGGAGAAUGCUAAGAUUGCUGUGAUUCAAUUCCAGAUUUCACCCCCUAAGACUGAUAUCGAGCAAAGUAUCGUCGUUUCUGAUUAUACUCAGAUGGAUCGGAUUUUGAAAGAGGAGAGGAAUUACAUUUUAGGUAUGAUUAAGAAGAUUAAGGGUGCUGGGUGUAAUGUGCUAUUGAUUCAAAAGAGUAUUUUGAGGGAUGCUGUCACUGAUUUGUCCCUUCAUUACUUGGCUAAAGCUAAGAUUUUGGUCAUUAAGGAUGUUGAGAGGGAUGAUAUUGAGUUCAUUACUAAGACCUUAAACUGUUUACCCAUUGCUAACAUCGAGCAUUUUAGGGCGGAGAAGAUGGGGUAUGCUGAUAUGGUUGAGGAGGCUUCCGUUGGGGAGUCAAAGAUCGUCAAAAUCACUGGGAUUAAGGACAUGGGAAGGACUACCACUGUUCUUGUUCGCGGGUCAAACCAGCUGGUUCUUGAUGAGGCUGAGAGGAGUUUGCACGACGCUCUGUGUGUCGUGAGAUGUUUAGUGAGUAAGAGAUUUCUGAUUGCAGGAGGUGGGGCUCCAGAGAUUGAGCUCUCGAGACAGCUGGGGGUAUGGGCCAAGUCACUCCAAGGAAUGGAAGGGUAUUGUGUUAAGCAUUUCGCCGAGUCUCUUGAGGUUAUCCCUUAUACUCUUGCUGAAAAUGCGGGUUUGAACCCAAUUGCUAUUGUUACUGAGUUGAGAAACAAGCAUGCCCAGGGAGAGAUCAAUGCUGGGAUCAAUGUAAGGAAGGGGCAGAUCACUAAUAUCUUAGAGGAGAAUGUGGUGCAGCCAUUGCUGGUGAGUACAAGUGCAAUCUCUUUGGCAACAGAGUGUGUUAGGAUGAUUUUGAAGAUCGAUGACAUAGUCACUGUGCGGUAGACUUCUGUGGUAUGAUUUUGCCAAACAUGCUGAGUAGUUUUCUUUUCCGGAUUUGCUCCUUUAGGAUUUUGAUUUGGCAAUGUAUUGCCCACAUCUGUGGCUAUGAUUUUAUUCGUAAAUUUUGAGUGCUGUUCUCUGCUGACAUUUUGGGGGCAUAGGCCAAGUUCGUGUUUUUCCUGAAAAUCCUUUCAUGUGCAUCUGGUAUCAAUCAGUUUUUGUAGGCGAAUACUCUUGGUCUCUAGACUACAGAAUAUGUUCUUUCUCCAUAGAUGGAUACUCAGUGGUGGUUUAGUGAGGUAAUAUUGAUUGUGAUGCUAAGAUUUACUUUC